AUCUGGUAACCAUCUUACCCAAUUUCAGAGGGGGUGGUGCCAGUUUGCAGACUCCCAGUGAUGUCAGAGAGCCAAGAAGUCAGUUCACACGUUACCGCUCGUGGAACUCACGGAUGUAUCCGGUGUGGAAAGAUGGAGACUCUAGAUUCAGGAACUGUUGGUCUGGUGGUGAAGUAAGUUUUGAUCUGAAAAAUGAUGGACCCACCCUGACCGGAGCGAGAGCAACCUUCUCCAUUAAUCUGAAUUUCCCACCAAACCAGACAGUGCUCUCUGAUGGGCAGGUCGUCUGGUCCCAAAACUGCACCGUCAACGGUCGACAGUACCAGGAAGGUCAGGCUGUGUAUCCCGACCAGGGCAUUGAGCGGACUGGAGUCUUCCCUGAUGGCACACCAUUCACCAGGAACCAGAACAAGAAGUCCCACUAUGUGUUUGUGUGGAAGACAUGGGGACGUUACUGGCAGGUGGCAGAUGGACCCUCCUCCUCCCUCUCUAUCGGUACAGACAACGUCCCACUGGGCUCCUACAACAUGGAGCUAGUCAUCUAUCACUGCCGUGGCAAAGACAAGUUCAUCCCUCUUGGCUACGCCUCCACAGUCUUCGCCAUCACAGACCAGGUUCCCUUCACCAUAUCCCUCGCCCAAGUCAAUGAUGUGAACCAGGAUGACCAGAACUUCAUCCAGAACCGAGCCAUUGCUUUUAGUGUCAAGCUCCAUGACCCCAGCCAGUAUCUUAGCAACGCCGACAUCAGCUACAGCUGGGACUUUGGUGACAGCACUGGUACUCUGAUCUCCAGAGACCUCUCUGUCACACACACAUACCUCGCCACCGGGACCUUCAAACCUCAGGUGGUCGUCAUGGCUAGCAUCCCCAAUGGCUGUGGGAACCCCACUGCUGUUGUUCCUAUCGAUGCCUCUGCUGCUCCAGCAGUAGUCGUGAUUGACUCAACCCCAGCAGCUGCACCAGCAGAGGGAGGAGAUGCAAUUGCUCUGGAUGUUCCUGCUUCUGAUGCCACUCCAGCUGAGGAAGCCACAAACGCAGAAGAUGGAGAAGCAGCCGUUGAUACAGACACAGAGGCAGUUGAGGUUGCUUCAGUAGCACCUGCAGUAGUCGACGCAGCUGUUGUUCCAGAGGAGGAUACUGCUGCCCCAGCUGUAGAAGCAGAUGUCGCUGCAGAGGACACAGAUGCAGCAGCAGCAGCAGCAGCAGCAGCAGCAGCAGCAGCAGCAGCAGGUGAGGUGGCGGCUGCUGCUUCUGUCGCACCUGCAGCUGAAGAUGCUGCAGAUGCUGAUGCAGCUGCUGCAGAUGAGACCGCAGUGGUUACAGAUGCAGCCGAAGAAAAUGUGCCUGUGAUUGACGCUGCUGCUUCCGUUGCCCCUGUUGCAGAGGGAGAAGAAGCGGCAGCCCCUGCAGCCACUGAGACCACAACUGUAGAGGAGGCAGCUGCAGCUGAUACCGAGGCCGAAGUUCAGGCAACUGAGAAUGAUGUUGCAGCUACUGCAGAGCAACCAGCAGGUGAAGAGGAGGUUGUUCCAGCUGAAGGUGAAGUUCAAGCAGAAGUGGAAACAGAUCCGGCACAGGUUCCCCUCAUUGUGGCCAAAAGACAAGCACCAGAGCUGACGGCUGAUUGCAUGGUUUACCGUUACGGCUCCCUCGCCACCUCUGUGGAUGUUGUUCAGGGUAUUGAAAGUGUGGAGAUUGUGCAGAUGGCCAACGUUGUUUCAAUGGCUACAGAGUUGGAUCAGAAUGCCGUGGACGUCACCAUUAGCUGUCAGGGAAGUCUGCCCAGUGAGGUCUGCACAGUCAUUUCUGAUGCUGACUGUAUCACACCGGUGGAAACAGUCUGUAGCGCCGCCACACCUUCUCCAGACUGUCAAAUGAUCCUUCGUCAGUUCUUCAAUGACUCCGGAGUGUUUUGCAUCAAUGUCUCACUGACCAAUGAUGUUAGUCUUGCUGUGGCAAGUGCCAGAGUCAGUGUGACAGUAGCCUCCGGUGGCACCCCAGCUGGAACAGCAGCCACAGUCCUGGGUGUUAUGGCCCUCGCCUGUGUUGUCUGUUGUAUUGGUUUGAUGUACAGGCGCUUCAAGCAGUACCAGCCACUAAGAGAAGACGGUGUUGACAGUAAUGGAGGUGGCUCAGCGGUAACAUCAGUGCCUUUGUUGUUGUGGAACUUGCUGAGCCGACAGUCACCAGGAGAAAGUCGUCCAUUGCUUCAGGGGAGGAUUGUGUGAAUUUCAUCAUCAGUCUAACAUGUACAGCACUCGCUAUAAUAAUGCCUUUAUACACACAGUAAUUUAACUGUAGCAAUAAUGUAACUCCCAGUCAAUGUAUGGGAACAGAACUAAGUGUACCAAGUUAAGUGACCAGCCCCAUGUACAACAACAUUUGUAGAAAUGGAAAGGAGUCAAGUGUAAAAAUGUUAAAGCAUUUGUAGAGGAAAGUGAUAUUUAUUUUGACCUACAGUAUUUUUUAUUAAUUGGAACUAAUGCUUAUUCUUUUUUUGUGGCCUUCUUACACUAAACUAAUUGGAAAAUUGAUGUAAGCACAUUUUCAUUCAAUUUCUUUACAAUGUAAUUUAAAUCACUUAUAUCACACAAGAUUAUUUUGU